AUGAUUGAAAGAGCUUUGCUUAGCCUGGAGAAGAAAGACUCAAGGGAGACUUCUUUAAAAAAAUUCUGUCACACAGAAGAAAGGGUAGAUUUUUUCUCUGUUGCUCUCGAGGCCAGGAUUGACACCAAAGGAUCAUGUGGCAAAUUUGCACUGCGGAACAACAGCUGUGUGUCUACGUUCAUGAUGAUGGGUCUCUCUGAGCAUCCUAAACUACAGAUCCUGCUCUUCAUUCUCUUUCUUUGCGUCUACAUUGUGGCCUUGCUUGGAAACCUCAUCAUCAUUGCUGCCAUCCUUUCAUAUCCCAAGCUUCACACGCCCAUGUAUUUCUUCCUCUUCCAUUUGGCUGUGGUGGACAUUGUCUGUACAUCCACCAUCAUUCCCAAGAUGCUGGGCAACAUAGCGACUUUCAGUAAGGCCAUCUCCUACUUCGGCUGCAUUGCCCAACUCUAUUCCUUCACAUGGUGUUUGGGAGCUGAGAUGGUGCUGUUCACUGUCAUGGCUUAUGACCGCUACGUAGCUAUAUGCCACCCCUUGCGUUACACCAUCAUGAUGAACAGAAAGGUAUGUUUGGUUCUCUCCACAGCAGUGAUCCUUAUAGCCAUUAGUAACUCAUGGGUUCACACUGGCCUGAUCAUGGGUCUUACUGUCUGUGGGCCCAAUGGUAUCAAUCACUUCUUCUGUGAGAUUCCUCCACUUCUGGCUCUCUCCUGCAGCCCAGUAAGACUCAACGAAGUCUGGGUCUUCACAGCUGACAUAUUCCUAGCUAUGGGGGACUUCUUGCUGACAUGCUUAUCUUACUGCUUCAUUGUUAGGGCAAUCCUAAAAAUCAAGACCACUGAAGGGAAGAAAAAGGCCUUCUCCACCUGCUCAUCACACCUUAUUGUUGUGUCCCUCUAUUACUCCACAGUCAUCUAUACUUACAUACGACCAGCUUCCAGCUACUCCUUUGAGCGGGACAAAAUAGUUGCUGCCCUAUACACACUUGUUACACCAACUCUGAAUCCUAUAGUCUACACUCUGAGAAAUAAGGAUGUUAAGGCAGCCAUCAGAAAACUCUACCCA